UUGAAAAGGCUGGAAGGACUUUAUGCCCCAAUUUCACAAGAGCUUUCUCACUUCAAACUACUGAGAUGAAGGGAGCAAGGCUAUUCGUCCUGCUCUCUAGUUUAUGGAGCGGGGGUUUGGGGCUUACCAACACUACGCAUACUUGGACUAUACUUGAAGAUGGAAACCCCCAGAAGAAUAUGACUACUGCUUCAGUUCCUCUAAAUGAAAUACAAAGUCUCCAAAUGCUGCCAACUGCUCAGACCGGGUCAGCUGAGAGAGCCACAACUCCUGAGGCAAGAAGCUCUGAAGAGAGUCUUCUGAAAUCAACACUGCUUCUGAUGGAGACAAGUGCAUCUCCUGAGGGUGUGAGAAACCAAACUCUCACACCCACAGAGGAGACGGAAGAAGGGGCGCUGAAGUCGCAAACUCCUGCCCUCCUGCCCAAAUCCAGCAUCCAGUUCAGUCCUAGAGCAGCGUCAGCGGUCCUUCCCAACUCCACGCUGAAAUUUCUUCAGAGCUUUGCCAAAAACUUGAAUCAACAAGCGAGUCCUCUAAAUUCAGCUGGAGGCGUGGGAAAUCGAUCCCCGCGGGAAACAUACCUCAGCAGAGGGGACAACAGUGGAGGCCAAAGAACCAACUCUCAAAAGUCAAGUUUUGAAACAACUAGAGGAAAGAAUUGGUGUGCUUAUGUGCAUACCAGAUUAUCUCCCACAGUGAUACUGGACAACCAAGUCACUUAUGUUCCAAGUGGGAGAGGGCCCUGUGGCUGGAACAGUGGAUCUUGUCCUCAGAGAUCACAGAAGAUAUCAAAUCCAGUCUACAAGAUGCAACAUAAAAUUGUUACAUCAUUGGAAUGGAAGUGCUGUCCCGGAUUCAGUGGAGAAAAAUGUCAGCCAAAAGCCCAGGAACAGCAGGACUUGAUACACAGCAACCAGGCUGAGAGUCACACAGCUGUUGGCAGAAGGACAGCCGAGCAGCAGCAGCAACAGCAGCAGCAAGACUGUGGUGACCCAGCAGUGACACAAAAAAUGGCAGACCAGCUGAACCACCAGGCAAUGAAAUUGACCGUUCUGCAGACGAUGAUUGACAAUGUUUCUUUGGCUGUGAGUGAUGUAAGGAACGCGUGCUCUUCCCUAGAAGGGAAAAUCAAUGAAGAUAAAGGCAGGGAAUUUCAAUCUUUCCUAAAAGGUCUAAAAUCCAAAAGCAUUAAUGAUCUGAUAAAGGAUAUAGUAAGAGAACAAUUUAAAGCUUUUAAAAAGGACAUGCAUGAGACCGUAGCGCAGGUCUUCAAGACUGUAUCAAGUCUGUCAGAGGACCUUGAAAACACCAGACAAAUAAUUCGCCAAGUUAAUGAAUCUGUGGUUUCAAUAGCGGUCCAGCAAAAGUCUGUUUUAAUGCAAGAAAAUAGGCCUACUUCGACUGAUAUACUCGAUCUAAAAAAUCGCAUUACGAAUAUCAGGCAAGAAAUGAUUUUUACAUGUGAGAAGCCUAUUAAAGAACUAGAAGCAAAGCAGACUCAUUUAGAAGGUGCUCUAGAACAGGAACACUCAAGGAGCAUUCUGCAUUAUGAAUCGUUCAACAAGACACUGUCUAAAAUGAAGGAAGUCCAGGAGCAGCUUUUAUCAACGGAGCAAAUAUCAGACCAGAAGAGUGUUUCAGCUGCUGACUCAGUUAGCGAUAAUGUCACCGAGUACAUGUCUACCCUACAUGAGAAUAUAAAGAAGCAGGGUGUGAUGAUGCUGCAAAUGUUUGAUGAUUUGCACAUCCAAGAAAGCAAGAUUACCAAUCUCACCAUUGCUUUGGAGAUGGAGAAAAGAUCUGUCAGAGGUGAAUGCGAAGACAUGUUAUCCAAGUGCAGAAAAGAUUUUAAAUUUCAAAUUAAGGACACAGAAGAGAGUUUACAAGUUUUAAACCAAACAUUGGCUGAAGUUCUCUUUCCAAUGGACAAUAAGAUAAAUAAAAUGAAUGAGCAACUAAGUGAUUUGACUUACGAUAUGGAGAUCCUUCAACCUUUGCUUGAGCGGGGAGGGUCAUUUAGAGAGACAAUGACCUAUGAACAACAAAAGGAAGCAGCAGCUACAAGCAAAAAGGUAGAAAAUAUGAUUAGUGUUGUCAAUGGGCUAAAUAUUCUUAUCAAAGAACUUUCAAAAAGACACAACUUACUUAGAAAUGAAGUACAGAGUCGUGGUGAUGCCUUAGACAGACGUAUCAAUGAAUAUGCCUUAGAAAUGGAAGAUGGCCUAAAUAAGACCAUGACAAUCAUAAAUAAUGCCAUUGAUUUCAUUCAGGAUAACUACAUGUUAAAAGAGACUUUAAGUACAAUAAAGUAUAAUCCUGAGGUCCAUCAUAAAUGUACCCAAAAUAUGGAAACUAUUUUGACGUUUAUUCCUCAAUUCCAACGUUUGAAUGAUUCUAUUCAGAUUUUGGUCAAUGACGAUCAGAGAUAUAACUUUGUUUUGCAAGUUGCCAAGGUCCUUGCAGAUAUUUCCAAAGAUGAAAAAUUGAAUCAGUCCAACUUUCAAAAGAUUUAUCAAAUGUUCAAUGAAAGCACAUCUCAAGUGAUAAAAUACCAGCAAAAUAUGAGUCAUUUGGAGGAAAAAAUACUCUCAGCCACAAAGAUUUCCAAAAAUUUUGAAAUUCGGUUGCAAGACAUUGAGACUAAAGUGACCAAGAUGCUCACACCGUAUUAUAUUUCACUUAAAAAAGGCAGUGUAGCUACAAAUGAGAGAGACCAGGCUCUUCAACUGCAGGUAUUAAAUUCUAGAUUUAAGGCACUGGAAGCAAAAUCUAUCCAUCUUUCCAUUAAUUUCUCUUUACUUAACAAAACUCUCUACGAAGCUCUAACGAUGUCUCAUAAUGCUUCUGCAAGUAUAUCAGAACUGAAGGCCACCAUACCUAAGUGGAUCAAAGGUUCCGUACCAGACAUUGAGCUUCUUCAGAAAGACCUGACAGAAUUCGUGGAAUCAGUAAUUGAAAUAAAAACUCAAAUUGCCCUCUCUAAUUUAACUAGAUAUAUAAACCGAUCAUUGUCUGGUAGUCUUGCAAAUGUUGUUAAGUCUCAGAAGCAAGUAAAACCAUUGCUGAAGAAAGCCAAUACACUUAAGAAACCAACAGUGAAUCUUACCACUGUCCUGACAGGCCGGGCCCAGAGAAACACAGACAACGUUGUUGUAUUUCCUGUAACAGAGGAGUAUUCAGACUGUAGUAGGUUCCCAUGCCAGAACGGGGGCACGUGUAUAAAUGGAAGAACCAGCUUUGUCUGUGCUUGCCGACAUCCUUUUACUGGUGACAACUGUACUGUCAAGACAGUGGAAGAAAAUGCUUUAGCUCCAGAUUUUUCCAAAGGAUCUUACAGAUAUGCACCGAUGGUGGCAUUUUUUGCGUCUCAUACAUAUGGAAUGACUACACCUGGUCCUAUCCUAUUUAAUAAUUUGGAUCUCAAUUAUGGAGCUUCAUAUACUCCAAGAACUGGAAAGUUCAGGGUUCCCUAUCUCGGGGUGUAUGUUUUUAAGUACACCAUUGAGUCAUUUAGUGCCCAUACUUCUGGGUUUUUAGUGGUUGAUGGAAAAGACAAGCUUGCAUUUGAAUCUGAAAAUAUUAACAGUGAAAUACACUGUGAUAGGGUUUUGACUUGGGAUGCCUUAUUAGAGUUAAAUUAUGGGCAGGAAGUGUGGUUGCGCCUUGUGAAAGGAACAAUUCCAGCCAAAUAUCCGCCUGCUACCACAUUUAGUGGUUACUUGUUAUACCGAACAUAAAUUAGCACGAAGGGCAGACUGUCACCUUCACUGAGAAGCGGCCAGUGUUUCUAUUUAUCUUUGCAUGCAUAUCUGCCCUGUCUUUGGCUUUUCUACACAAAGUGAAAAUCAACUUCUUUUUGAAUCUCAGUAAGGCUGUAAGUUUGCUUAUUUCAUAAAAUUCUUUGAAUAUCUCUUGUGUAACCUAUAUAUGAAGGAGUUCUUGCUCCUAAAGAGAUUUAGCGGCACAGAAAACAAAGUGCAUUUGUUAGCAUGACUAUUUUUGUUUUCUCAUGUUAAGUCAUUUCAAUGUAGAGUAACAUUGUAACAUGGCAAUCUCUCAGUAUUGUCAGUCACAGUAGGCUUCCCAAUAAAACACAACUUUUGUUAUUUCCUGCAUAUAUAAAUAUAUAACAUCUAUUUCCUAAAUUCACAAAUUCAAAUAAAUUACUCAAAAACCGAGAAGUGUUUUUUUUAAACUU